AUGACAGUAUCUGGUAUAAACUCUUUCCAAAGGAAGACGAAGACCUUGAUCGAAAGUUCGAAACAGUCGAAGGGGAAGGGGCGUAGUACAAACACUGGGAUGAAUCAAGGUGCUAACCUUCCAACACCUUCAUCUCACGCCACAAGCGAGGAGCAGGAGCGUCGUCAUCAUGGCAGUUCUACUAAGGAAUUGCACAAAUGUAUUUGCUUUGCCAUCACAAUGCUAGCUGUGCUUCUCCCAAUCAAGCGCGGAGCUGAAGUCGCGUCUCUUUUUGUCACGGACCGCGUUACUAUGCUGGCGUUCAUCGUUGCUUUGUUGGUUUACUUCGGCUCAUAUGCUGCCAAGAUACUCCAAGCUCAUGAUAAUCCAGACUUGGCCGAGGUCAUGGAUAAGAUUAGCCUCUUGUCUGGAACUUUUGCGUUGAACUUAGAAUUGCUAAUCACUGUUCCAGCUUUGGGAUGGUUUGCCAUCUUCGUGUGGAGCAUUUGUCUUGCGAUAGCUGUAUCAAAGUCAUACCAUCAAAGUGCAGUUGUGGUGAGAAGAUUGUAUCAAAGUGGAGCUGAAGAACUUGCUCAUGCAUCUGAAAAGUUGAAAGAGCUCUUCAGGAAUAUUAUUGGCUACUUGACCGAGGAUGCCGAGCAGCAAAAUGGGCUGCCCGUAUAA